AUGGCAGAGGGCGUCGAAGUCCUUGAGUUCAUUGGGUUCGUGUCAGAUGCCGCAAGACUUAUCUACAAUAGAUACCUCAGCCGCUACUGUCCAGAAAUGAAUCAUGAAGAUAUUAUGUCAUUUUUCUCUGCCUAUAUUGCCCAACUUCAGUUUGCGCCGUACAAUAGACAUAUCUACUCAAGCAUUGGCAGAUCGAUUAUCGAGAUCCCCCAGGAGGAUGUCCAGAUGCAUAUUAGUCGGGCCGAUGUGAUGCGAUUGCAUUCUGGAAAGAUAGCAUCUCAAUGGGUGUUCUCUCAAAUCGAUACAAUUCGUCGGCUGGCCGAAGAAAUUCGGGGCAAGAUACACUUCACUAUUGUUGGUGCCAGUGCACCUUCACCCACAGCUAUGGCAGAGAAUACCUACUUGGUCCCUAGCUCGCUCUGA